AUGGAGAGAGGGUGGAAGCAUAAUUCGGAGAUAUCACCGAACUGUCCCAGGUGUGGGUCUUGCAACACCAAGUUCUGCUAUUACAAUAACUACAGCUUAACUCAACCUCGCUACUUUUGUAAAGGCUGCAGAAGGUACUGGACCAAAGGAGGAUCCCUCCGCAACGUCCCCGUUGGUGGCGGCUGCCGGAAAACCAGGCGCCACACUAGCAAGACUUUAAGAGUGAACUCAUCAGCCUUGCCUUCACCAAAUGCUGCUGCUGUUUCAUCUUCUAGCUCCUCAUCACCGGCCUCUGAUCAUGCUCCACAUAUUGAUAUUGCACUCAUUUAUGCCAAUUUUCUCAAUCAAAACCCAGAUUCAAGUGACCAGGAGCCGCAUCAUCAGUUUAUGAAGACACUAGGUUUUGAUCCUUGCGUAGAGUAUUCGAGUCUGUCCGACAUAGUUUUUGGUCUUUCUGAACCAUCCACAAUAGAAUCCCAUUUCAACAUUGCUGCGGGUCAUCAUCUAGGUGGGUUAUUCAACUCCAUGCAGGAGCAUAAGGGAGAGAGAAUAAUUGGCAGUAGCGAUUUUGAGCUGCCACCAUUGCCGGGUGAAGAGGUCGCCUCGCAGUAUGAUAUGAUGAUGUGGUCCGAAUCUCAUGAUGAGAUGAUGGUCGUAAACCAGGCGCCACUUGGAACUCAUCAACCUCAUGUAGAUGGUAACUGGGGACCUUUUCAUUACUCAACCAAUGUUCUUUUCCCGGCCUUUGAUUAUACAUUUGUAUCUCUUCAUUCUUGCCUUGUUUCAAGUCAUUAA